GACCGUGCUCAAGAGCCUCGCCGCCCCGCUAUUGUUAUGUUCCGCCGAGACCUGGGGGGCGCAGCCAGAGGAUCCAGAGGAUCCAGAGCCACGCUGAGGCCAAGGGGGAAUAAAAAUAAAAGAGACGGUGAAAAAAUAUAGAGGGGAAGGGAGAAGAAAGGGGGUGAAACGUAAGAAUACAGCCCUGCCACCCUUCGGGCCCGACCCCGUACAACGGAUCCUUGCCUUUCGGUUGCAUAAUUUUUCGCCCCAAUUUUUCCACAUGCGUUUUCGUUUCCACCUUUCUAUUUCCAUCCGUAUCGCACGCCGCGACUUGGUGAACCGCCCCUCUGCCCGGCAAGGAGGCAAACGAGGACGACCCACGCCCCCCCUGCCGCGCACAAUGCUGGAAGAGCGGGGGAGGGGGGAGCGCACAGCACUGCACUGCAUCCUCUCCAUCACUCCUCCCUCACCUGUCAGGUGGAGGGUGCGGACGAAACAGGCCAAAUUGUAGCAGCAAUUACUCCUAUGCUGAAGCAAGAGGACUUGGGGACGGAGGCGCCACGGAGACUUUUACCCCCCUCCCUCUUCCUCUCAUCCCACCCUCUCCCUCUGCCCUGUCGCUCUAACACCCCCUUUCCACGUUUCUGCUACCCCUGCUUCAGCCAUUGCCUCUGACCAUUUUUUUGUGAGUGUGUGGCCGGUUCUAUUGAUGCUUAGGCCGGCCGGCACCAUCCGGUAGCUCGAAAUACUAUGUUGUGGUUGCCAUAGCUACCGAACCGGGAGGGACAUCUUGACAAAGUGUCUAUCUUGUUUACCUGCAAACAGUUAACUUUGUUGUGGUUUUCCUUUUUUAUGAAGGAAGUGUUUGGUACCCUGACAUUUAUUGCAAAGAUCAGCCAUGUCAAACUUGUCCCAGACAUCAAAUGAAGACCCUCCCACUAAUUUACCUCCUCCAAAUCUUGAAGAAUCAAUGGAUAAUGGUCCUGAUUCAAACCAUUUUCCUGCUCCUCCACAAUCAAGUUUCUUAGCCCAGCCCCUUCCUGAAACUAUUGCUGAAGUUCCCUCAGAACACAACCAAACAACCCAAUCACAACCCAAACAGGCUGAACCAUCUGUUAUUGGAGCAGCCAGAGAUGUUGACGUUACAGGCUUAGGGUCAGGUAGCAUUCAGGUUCCAGAUAAGGAUAUUUUUCAAGAACUCUUUAAGACCUUAGAUGAUGGUCCAUCACCUAAGGCAAUUGACAAACCAUCUAAGAAGUUAGCCAAGACUAAAACAAAAAUCAAAAAGAAAGGCAAAGCUAAGAAAAAGGGAAAGAAAAAGGGAAAAAAGAAGAAAAAGGGGAAAAAAAAGAAAAAAGGAAAAAAAAAAAGGAAGAAACCAAGAAGUCAACUCCAUGAACAUCGGGGAUUGACUUCUGAGAUGGCCACUACUCCAGUCGGAAGUGAACAUGGAGGAGGGAGUGGCAUGAGUUUAGUGCCUGGUGUUAUGAGAGUUACUCUGGGUCCAGAAACCCAGCAUCAUCUGGGCUGUGUAGUAGGAAAGCAUGUCACAGCUGAAUCACCUUGGGUUUUUGUCAACAAGUCUCUCAUUGAUGACAAUAUGGAUCUUCAUAGCGAAAGCUCUGAUUUUUUACCAGUAAAAGAAGAUAUCACAGAUUUCAAAACUUCAACUGUCCUCCUCGGGUAUGAUGUGUCUGCAGAUGCUGACAAUCAGUUUUACAUCUGUGUCACUGAAACAGCACAAAAUGCUGUGGUAGAAAUUCUUCAGCAGAUACAAGAAGACCAGCAGAAAUGGCUGAAAAAUGCUCUUGAGAAACCAGCAAGAGCUUGGAAAUCACUGGGUAGUGACCAGGAUGUUGACCUAUAUACUAUUAAACAAAGUCGACCUCUGAUGCAAAUGCAAGUUGAAACAACAAUUGGAGACCUCCGUGCGCCAUGUAAUUUCAGUAUUAGGAAUGUGGAUGACGUACCAGAUGGUUAUUUUCACUUUCCACAUAGAGACGAUCUCCCUGAGCAUAUAACACGGUUGAGAAUUGACAAAGGAGUGCAGAUAUCUCUAGAAAAAAUUGAUGUAGAGGCUCAAACUGAACCUGGGAUUCCAGACAACUCUUGGACACAGUAUGAAUAUACUGUUGAUACUGAUAAACCUAUAGAAGAUGAGGCAGUUGAGCAGGCCUUGGCCAAGUUUAUGCAAGGAGUCCAAACUGAAAUUUGUGAUGCUUUGCACUAUAAUGAGUUAAUGGACUUGCACCGAGAUGAUUACGGGCGCUUAGUUCGAUAUGAAGAGGAUACAGAGACCUCUCAGAGUAUCCAGUACAAUGAGUUCAUGUCAUUCACAGAUAUGAAACAUUGUCCAGGGAAAAUUGUGUCUUGUGCAGCAUUUCAUCCAACUUCCUCAGGAAUAGUUGCUUUAGCAUAUGUUGACCACAUCAAAUCAGAAAUAUCUGAUGAAGAAGAAAGUCCUGAUGAAGUGGCUCAAAAUAUUUAUGCAAUGCACCCUGUUCUUAUCUGGAGUUUUGUUGAUGCUUUUAGACCGAAGUUGAUCCUUGACUGCCCUCGGAAAGUUCAGGCAUUGGCUUACGCCCCUCAUAAUGGUAAUAUAUUAGUUGCAGGCCUGUCAAAUGGACAAAUAGCAAUUUUUGACCUGACAGGCAAAAUUGAAAGGGUUGAACAAGAAACAAAAAUGACACCUGAUCAAGUGAAGUACCAUAUGGCAAUGAAUAACUUAAUGGACUGGAUGAAAUCAAAUAAUCGAAUAGAAUAUUUACAGCCAACUGCAGUGUCAGCAAUUGAUGGUUCCCAUGUUGAUAUAGUUACUCAAGUUAUAUGGCUGAACCCCUUGUGGGAGAUAAAUUCAACUGGUCAGUUCAUAGCAUGUGAGGAUGGUCGUCAAUCUCUACAAGUAGUCUCAUCAUCUGUAGAUGGUAGUGUUUUAUUUUGGAAUUUAGAUCCACAUGCUGUUAGUAUUCCGGGUAUUGUCAGAAAAAGACGCCUAUCAAAGAGGCCCACUGGUUUAAAAACAGAAAAAUCUCCUUUUUCUAACUUCAACCGGAAAUUGAAACCUGUUUUCAGACUAGAAAUUCAGAGUCCAGAUGAAAAAAGACUAUACCUGGCAAUGUGUAUUUCAUUUUAUACUCAGCCAGUGAUUUACGAAGAAGACUUAGAGUUUGCUUCAAAGUUGACUCAGGCCCAAAGAGAAAGCAUGACAACUCGGUUCAGAUUCAAGCCUGUCCAUCCACCUCCAGAAAUCCAUGAGCAAAAUAAUUCAAUGAUGAUUGGUACUGUCAAUGGUAGUAUAUUAGGCAUAGAGUGGGAAGGAACUGAGGACACAUUGGCUGAUUUCAUUCUUGCAAAAAUGUGUUCUAGUAUCUCCCUCAAUGAAUGCCAUGCCAGUCCUGUGUUCACUUUAAAGAGAAAUCCAUUUAUUAAAGAUUUAUAUUUAAGUGUUGGUAUGAAGAAGUUUGCACUCUGGUCAGAAAAGCUUGGUAUGGCUCCUUUUCUUUGGCGCAAUGCAGAAGACACAUUAUACACUGAUGGUGCUUGGUCUCUUCAAAGACCAAGUAUGUUUCAGAUAAUUCGGAAAGACGGUACUAUUGAAGUAUGGGAUCUUUUAACUCGAAGUGAUUCAUGCAUCCUCACUCAAAGUAUUUCUGGAAAAAUAUUAACGGGAAUUGACGCACAUUCUCAAUAUUUGCCCAACAAUGUAGUCGGCAUUGCUGAUUACAAUGGGAGUUACCGACUCUUUUUCAUUCCAUCACAAUACCAAGAAAGUGAUCUUGGAUCUGAUAUUCAACAGAUGGAGAAAUUAAUAGAGAGAGAAAAAGAUCGCAGAAAAUCAAUGACCUCUUGGGUAGCUAGAUGGCGUGAAAAAAAUACAGCUCAAGUGAAAAUUUUAAGAGAGCAGAAGGAACUUGAGCACAGAAAAGAAAUGGAGCUCCAAGCACGUGAGAGGCAAGUUUUGGAGGAGAAGCAGAAACUGGAAGAAAUGGAGUUAGAACAAAUACAGCAAAGUAGGAAAGUUAUUGAUCAUUUGAAACAAAGAGAUCCUCCGAAACACAUUGCUAAAGUAGUGGCUAUGGAACAACGUUGGCAAGAAACACGACGCUCGCAUAUGGUGCGCAUGCUGCUUGAUAAGAAGAAACUUGAAAAGUCUGAGUUAGAGAGAAAGAGAGGUCCAUUUGUUGCUGCUCAUGAAGCACAUCAAUUGAAAACACUAAAACUUAGACAAGUUUUACGUCAGGGCUCAGCAAUAUUCAGGGAAACAGUUAAAACAUUAUUUCCUGAAGUUUCAAAAGUGUCCGUCCAGAAACCAACCAAAGCACAGGCUCUUGCUGCUCAACUUGAAGACAUGGAUGAAACUUUUGUUGAGCGAUAUUAUGAGAUUGAAAAAUUAGCGUUAGAGCAGUUACAACCUACUCCAUUAGAAAACACAUUUAAUUGGAAACGCACUGUGCAGGAGGGUCGAUCACGCAGAGAAGUUUUAGAUACUAGUAUUUUCCAUCAGACUGCUCGCAUGCAAAGGGCUGAAGAGAGAAGAGAAUAUCGACGUUUACAUCGGAACUCUGAAAUGCAGAGGGAAGAUGAAAAGAAGAAAGCAAAAACUAGAGCUAAGGUCGGAUUUAUGAGUUCAUCAUCACAACUACCUGGUGUUGAUAAUGCUGGUGGUGAUCCAGGGGCAAUGGACUCAUUGUCAGUGCUGACUUUCCAUGGUAAUGAAGGAGAGUAGUAUGCUAAUUGAAUCAUACUUGUAGCUUAUCUUUAUUAAUUUUAAUUGAACAGCAAUUGACUUCUAAACUUUGUGGGAUGUGACUAUUCUGAAAUAGUAAAAAAAUAUUGAAUGUGCGUGAGAUUAUAGCUUUCCAGGCCUUUUUGUACCAUAUAUUUACAUAAACAACUUAGUGAUGUGCAAUCUAGGUAGAGAUAAUAUUUUCUAUAUCUUUCUAUCAAUGUUAGAAUGUGUGGCAGAAAAACAAUUGUGUUAUUCUCCUGCUAAUCAUAGUUGCUGACUCAAACAGCUUGUUUGUAGGGUGAUACUGGAGAUGAUAACAAGAUUGAUUUGUGGCAGAAAUAAAUUAAUUUAUUUAAAUUAAAA